AUGAAUCCAAGUGUUUGGAGCAAAGGUAUGUAUUCUUCCAGCAGCAUUUAUCUUGACGGCUACCCUGCAGAGAACGUCUCUUCUUUUCAAAUGGACCCGGUGCUGUUAAAUACAGAAGUUUCAGGUGUUUCUGUGUCCUUACACAAAGACUGUGAGGACAUAAAAAUGCCACCGGAGAGUGCUUAUUACAGCAGCGACGAAGUAAGUUUGAUCUGUUCAAACCAGCUGGAGCUCAAUCCAUCAAGAGACAACACUACUGGACAUUUACCCACGAGAAAGCACUCAUCUCCUGCAUCCAGUUCCUGUGGUCACCAUGAGUGGAACUUAAACACUGGCCAUCAAGCAAAGCGUGCCAGAGUAGAAAACAUCAUCAAAGGCAUGAUCAGCUCUCCCGGUAUGCAAUGCACAGAUGGGAUGACAAACCAGCACGAGGAGUCAGAUGGCAUGCAGGAAAACGAAAGGAUUCAAGAUCGGGAGCUCGUGGACAGGAGCGGAUCUGACAGCCGGACGAUGAGAAAGCAGCUCGAGAGUCAGCAUCAGCACCUCAGACAGCUCAGAACAAGGUUAAACCAUGUUAGUGGAGGAACCGACAGUUCUCCUGAAACAUCUCCGAGGGACGCAUUCACAGAUUCAUACGGUGAGUUCCAGAGCAGCUCGAGUAGAAAACAUCAAGGAUGGAAGAAGGUGAAGCUGAUGAACUACUUCCAGUCGAAGCCAGAGAGGAUAAAGCUGAUUGCAGAUGUUUUAAAGUACGAACUGAGCAGAGCUGUCAAUAGGAGCGUUGACUCUAUUUUUAAAAGCGUGCCACUUCUGCAGACAUCUCCACAUGACGAGGAAAACGUAGAGACCGACGCGUCUCUUCAGUCAUCAGUUGGCAAAGAUGACAAAGUAAGACUUUCCUGUUGUGGGGAUCCAGAGAUGCCAGAAGUCCCAGAUGUUCAAACAGAAGCUCUGUCUCUGGUUGUACAAAAACCCCGACUUGAAAGAGCUGACAAGUUUACCCUCGAGUCCAGAUCAAGAGCUCCCCAUCGCCCCAAACCUCCAGUCCCCUUUGUCCACCACUCGGCUCUGCACGAAGAUCAGCCGUCAGAUGAGGAUCGCAACGCCGAACAUGCCCUCUGGUGUCUGCGAAAUGAAUGCUCCGAAGUCGGUCGAGCAAAGUUUGAGACGUACGACACACAUUGGAAUUCGGUCAAAGUGAGAUCGAAGGUCAACUCCAGAUGUGUCAGAAGCCCACAGACUCGAACUGUGUCGGUGGGUCCUUUGCUGUUGGAAAGCCUGUCUCUGCCUCAUGUGAAGGUUGAGUCUGACUGCCUGAGGAAGAAUAACCUGUACAUGCUGAAUGAGGGUCUGACCACAAAUCAUCUGAAGAAAGCGAAGCACAUGUUCUUCUACACGCGCUACCCGAGCUCACUGGUACUGAAGAUGUGUUUCUAUGAUGUGCAGUUCACGCGCUGCAUCACCUCCCAGCUCAUCAAGUGGUUCAGUAACUUCAGGGAGUUUUACUACAUCCAGAUGGAGAAGUUUGCCCGGCACGCUCUCAUAGGAGUGGCCGACGUGAGGAGUCUGACUGUGGGGAGAGAAUCAGAACUUUUCAGAGCUCUCAACAUGCACUACAACAAAACCAGCGACUUCCAGGUCCCCGAAAGAUUCCUGGAGGUUGCCGAGAUUACACUGAGAGAAUUUUACAUUGCCAUUUCAAUGGGAAAAGAUCGUGAUCCAUCUUGGAAAAAAGCAAUCUACAAGGUGAUCUGUAAACUGGACGGCGACAUACCGGCUGAAUUCAAAAGUAAUCACUCUGGAUGAGAACCAGCCAUGAUGACAUCAUGUGCCACAAUGGUUGCUGUCACAAUGUGGACUUACUCGGGCCUUGAACAGCAAACUAUUUAGAACACAUUGUAAAAUAGACUAGUAACGAGCAUGCCUGCACAUAUCAAAUCUCCAAACAUAUGGCAGACCGAUCUCUGAGUUUAUCAAACGCUUUACUUGCUCGUUGAAGCGUGAGGGCAUUUGACAUAUUAUUAUUUUUGACAUAUCAACCAUAUGAUAUAGCAACAACACAGUUUGUAUUGUUCCGAUUUCUUUUUUUGAGAAGCAUUCUUCUUAAAUAAGCACACACAAAAAAAAAAAGGUCCACACCACAGCAGGAGAGGAACAUUUCUUUUAAUAUUUAGCAGAGCUCAUAUGUAUAUACAGGAUAAAAUGAAAAUGACAAGGAUUCAAAAAUGACUGAAUCAGUAAAUGAUGUCUCUCAUCCGGUCCACUGUUGUUAAAAUAGCAGCGUUUUGGUCUCUCUUCCAUACUCACCAUGUCGAUCCAUCCAUCCACUUUCUAAAUGAUUCAGUGUGGGUGUCUGUCCGCGGGAAAAUCAAACAUGGUCUUCUUCAGUGGAUCUGUGUGUUCGGUCAUAAUUGAGGAUCCUUGUUUUCGUCUUCAGUUACUCCCGUAACAACGUUCGUAAUCCAUGUGAAAAUUCUCAGGGGUGAAAAUUCUGUUUGUAAAUGUAAAAUGUAUCUUAAAAACUGAAUACGUCUGCUUAAUCUCACUCACUGAGACUGAAUGUGGAUUUCUUUGAAUACGGAUAUGCAGUGUGCACAUAGACAUUUAAAAACUCAACAGCAAUCCAAUAUAACUACACUUCUGUUUGAUUAUUGUUUUUUAAUUAAC